AUCUUCUUUGACAAUUAUCCACUUACUUAAAAACAUAGAGCGCAAUAAAAACCUUGCUUUCACUACCUAAGACAUGAAUUAAUAAAAUCCGUAGAUGUAAACGAGAUAGAAAUGAAUCCAAAAAUGUUGACCUUUCGAAGCAACAGUUGCCUUUGAUUAAUCUAACAGUCUCUGACGUAAUUCUUCAUUAAGACUUGUCGAGUGUUAUAUCACUACUUAAGAAGAAUAGUUGUGUAUUUAUAUAUUCAUUCCCUAUUGACUCUAAUCAAUUAAGUCUAACGAAUCGAGUUCCUCAUAAUAUCAUAAGAUUCUUGAUCAAUUUAUGCACGCAGCAUCUUUUAUUGUAUUUAAGUCUCGCUGGCAUUACUUCAAUUGACGUAAUAACAUGUUUCUUAUCACUACAAUAGUACCUAUUAAGAUACCGGAAUCGUUUUAUAGCGAAACGUAUUUGCAGUGUAAUCCCGCUGAUUUAUCAACUACAGUUGAUAAAUUAUUAUAAUAAAAUAUCUGCUAGCCUUUAGUGUUAAUAUAGAAAUUAUUGUUAAAGUGAAUUCUCUUCUAAUGUGAGGAUCCAAGGUGUUGAUUAAAGCUAUCUGAUCACUGAUCACGCUGAGCUGAUAAUUUGUUAAAAUUAAAAAAAAAAAAAAAAAGGAGAAUGACUGCGCAGAAAAAGAAUAAUCCCAUUGAAGAAGCUAAUCUCAUCAGCAGAUUGUGUUACUGGUGGACAUUGAAAUUAUUUAGCAAAGGAGCGAAGGAUGGAAUCACAUUGGAGGAUUUAUUCACUCCGAUAACUUCAGAUAGGUCGAAAUUUUUAGCUGACAAAUUGGAACACGCAUGGCACAAUGAGUUAACAAAAUUGGAACUCACUGAAAGCAAUCAAAAAGAUAAAGACUCAACCACUAUCAAAUCACUAAAACCAAGUCUUCUCCGCGCAAUAAUCCGCUGUUUCGGCAUGCAAAUCUUUAUCUUUGGAAUAUUCCAAAUGUUUAUCAAUGUGAUCCUAUUCAAUUUGCAACCAAUCAUCCAGAACUGGAUCAUCGAGUACUUCGAUGUCAAUAAUACCUCAAUCACGCAAAAUAAUGCACUCGGUUAUGCCGGUGCACUUACAACUGUAGCUUUGUUGCUAACAUUCAUAAUGCACCAGCUCAACUACUUCAGUCAGAUCAUAGGAUUAAGAUUCCGAGUCGCUUGUUGCUCGUUAAUUUACCGCAAGAGUUUGAAGUUGAGCAAACCUGCUUUGGAUAAAACUCCUCCAGGUCAGAUAAUCAAUCUUCUAAGUAACGAUGUCAGCCGAUUUGAUUUGAUUCCAAUGUUUAUAAAUUUUCUAUGGAUAACGCCUUUACAGAUUUUUGUUGUAGGAUACAUAGUCUGGCGCAACAUCGGAAUCUACACUCUGGUAGGCUACGGUGUCUUGUGCUUGGUAACAAUCCCGAUGCAAAGCUACGUAGGAAAGAUCUCUGGAAAACUUAGGAAAGUAACUGCUAAGUUGACUGAUCGACGGGUUCAGCUUAUGAGUGAAUUAAUCUCUGGGAUUCAGGUGGUGAAAAUGUACGCUUGGGAGAAGCCGUUUAACAAAAUCGUAGCAAUGAUCCGACUGGAUGAGAUCAAACAGAUCACCCGAUCCAACAAUGUGCGAGGUUUGUAUUCUAUUUUGUCAGGAGUCAGUCAAAAGAUCAUGGUGUUUGCGACACUGGUGACGUUCAUUUUCGACGGAAAUUUACUUGAUCCAAAGGUGACGUUCCAGAUCGCGGUUUACUUCAACAACCUUCAAAUACACAUGGCACUUUGUUACCCAAUGGCAAUUAUUCUUUUAAUUCAGUCGAUUGUUGCAGUCAAGCGAAUUGAGGAAUUUCUUCUGUUGGAGGAAGUCAAAGAAAACGCAAAGGCUUCGGACAUCGUAGCACAAAUGCCUGAAAUUGUUGAGAGUCGCGUAGAGAAUAAAGCCAACCCGGGAGCUGUAGUUGUCAAGCUGGACAAAGUUUCAGCGAAUUGGAAGUUCGGGCAAUUACCUCCAACACUGUAUGACGUCUCACUGAAAAUCAACGGAGGAGAACUUUGUACUCUUGUAGGUCCAGUCGGUUCGGGUAAAAGUUCUUUGCUCAAUUUGUUCCUACAGGAGCUGCCAGUCGGUGCAGGCACGGUUGAACUCUUCCAGUUUUCUGAUAAAGAGUCUGCUGGAGCUAAGUCGAAGUCGGGAUUUUCACAGGAUAAUCCAGGGAUGAGGAUAUCAUACGCUAGUCAGGACUCCUGGCUCUUCACGGGAAGUGUCAGAGAAAACAUUCUCUUUGGGCAAGAGUACGAUAAAGCGCGUUAUCAAGAGGUAGCGAAAGUUUGUUCUCUACUACAAGACUUCAAGCAACUGCCAGAAGGUGAUCUGACGAUUGUCGGAGAACGAGGAGCUUCCCUUUCUGGCGGUCAGAGAGCGAGAAUCAAUCUAGCCAGAGCUAUUUACAGACCUGCUGAUUUGUAUCUUUUGGAUGAUCCGCUGAGUGCUGUUGAUGCGCGCGUAUCUCGACGACUCUUCCAGGACUGUAUCCUUGGCUAUCUCAAAGGCAAAACACGGAUCCUCGUCACUCAUCAGCUCAAUUAUCUUAUGCAAGCUGACACCAUCGUCGAAAUCGACCGUGGGACCAUCAAACAUCAUGGCACUUUCGAAGCUCUUGCAGAAUCCGAUUCUGAAUUCAUUAACAUGCUAAAUAACUUGAACAACGACAAAAACAAUACAUCAAAAGAAACUGAUAUAGUCCCAGGUGCUGACAAGAAGAGUAGUUUCAUCAGAGAGCGCAGAAGAUCUUCCCAAAUUUCGAUCAAAUCUCAAGACAGUCAUCGAUCUAUGCCCAGUGAAGACUUGAUUGAUAAAGAUGAAGCAGGUGAGGUACCAGAUGAAGUGAUGGGCACGGGAUUCAUUUCCAAGGAUGUUUACUUUCGUUACUUCCGCGAAGGUGGUGGAAUAAUUGGCUCGAUAUUGCUCGCUCUUAUAUUCAUCAUCGCUCAAGUUUCGUCAAUUGGUGUCGACCAAUGGCUGACCUACUGGACAGCAUUGGAAACAUACAGACCCUGUCUUGAUGCAACGAUAACUAGUUGUUCAAACGUUGGAGCCGGGCCCAACUCUCUUGUCAAUAACACAAUCUUUACACCGUGGUUGGGCAGUGAUGGCUUGCUGCCUGCUACGACUGCCAUUUACAUUUACUUAGCGCUUCUCAUCAUUUUCACAGUUCUGUCGGUAUUGAAGUGCUAUUGCCUUGUUGCAAUUGGUAUGAGAGCUGCUCGAAAGCUGCACAAUCUUAUGUUCAAAAACAUCCUCCAAGCGACAAUGUAUUUCUUUAAUACAAAUCCUUCUGGACGGUUAUUGAACAGAUUUUCAAAGGACGUAGGUGCAAUGGAUGAAUUACUUCUACCAUUUAUGCUCCAAGCUUUCCUUAUCCUUUUCGAUGCCGCUGGGACCAUUGUAAACAUCAUGGUGGUCAAUCCUUGGAUGAUCAUUCUGACAUUAAUUGCUGGUAUUGUUUUCUAUAUCGUAACUGCGUACUAUCUGACAACUGCUCAAGAUGCUAAAAGAUUGGAAGGGAUAACGAAGAGCCCUGUGUAUACCCUCGUGAACACGACAUUAAAUGGCUUACCAACAAUCCGAAGCCGAGGAAAAGAUGUUGAAACUAUGUUACGGAAUCAAUUCGAUGAUUUUCAAGAUCAUAAUUCUGGAGCGUGGUAUAUACUGAUAGGAACCGGUUCGGCGUAUGGCUUCAGUAUUGAUAUGAUCACUAGCACGUUCAUAUCUAUUUUGAGUUUCACUUUGAUCCUUAUUAAUCCUGUAAGCACAUUUGGAGCGUCAGUCGGGUUAGCAAUAUCUCAAGCUUUGUCACUUACGGGAUUGCUUCAAUAUGGUGUGAAACAAGCAACGGAAGUACAAUCACAAAUGACAGCUGUUGAGAGAAUAAUUCAGUAUACUGACUUGCCGAAGGAAGGUCCUAUAGAAUCAUCGAAGCAAUUGCCUGAGAACUGGCCAUCUAAAGGCCGACUUCAGUGGAAGAAUGUUUAUCUUAGUUACAAAAAAGAUGAUCCUGCUGUCUUAAAGAACAUUGACUUGAUGAUCGAGCCAGGCUGGAAAGUUGGAGUUGUCGGAAGAACUGGUGCCGGAAAAUCCUCAUUGAUAUCUGCACUCUUCCGACUAGUCGACGAUGGUCUCCAGGGGCAAAUAAUUAUUGACGGUGUAGACACUAAAACAAUCGGGCUUCAAGAUUUACGAUCGAACAUAUCAACAAUUCCACAGGAGCCUGUUUUAUUUUCCGAGACACUGCGUUACAACCUCGACCCCUUUGGGAAAUACACCGAUAAAGAAAUUUGGGACGCUUUGAGGGAAGUUGAAUUGAGUGACUUGGCCCUCGACCAAUGGGUCACCGAAGGCGGAACAAACUUCAGCGUUGGUCAGCGUCAGCUGAUUUGUCUCGCUCGCGCUCUGCUGAGAAACAAUCGGAUCCUAGUUCUCGACGAAGCCACCGCCAAUAUCGACUCUCGGACUGAUGCGUUGAUCCAAAAAGCUAUUCGUUCAAAAUUCGUAGACUGCACAGUUAUAACAAUAGCUCACAGAUUGAAUACAAUCAUCAACAGCGACAGGGUUCUAGUAAUGGAUAAUGGAUGUGCUGUGGAAUUUGAUGCGCCUUACGAAUUAUUGAUGAACAAAUCCAAUAGCAUGUUUGCAAAAAUGGUUGAACAAACUGGACCAUCAAUGGCCGCUACCAUAUUACACGAAGUAAUUGAAUUUCAUCAACAGUCAGAAGCACUGUUGGGUCAAGUUGAUCUCAAUUUUCCAGAUAAACACAAUUCUUCAUCAGAUUUCUAAAAAAUAAAACAUUUAUACCAAUAAUUUUAGUAAUUCACUUUCUUGUAGCUAUUGCGUAUUCAAGAAAUUAUUGUAUACCAUUGCCAAUAUACUUUUGUAAUUAAACUAUAAUUUUCCGGGAAUUUGUAAAAAUAAUCUUGCCUUUUAAAAGUGAAUUAUUGGAUAAAUAAUUUCUAUAAUUAAUUGAAGAACUUGUUUGUUUUGUUCCACUUUUUUAAGAAAGAAAGUAUAAUGUUUUACUUGAAUGAAUCUUUUAAAGUAAAAGUAGAACGUAUGAUUUAAUAAUAAAGUCCUUUGCAUCAUGCAUGUAAUAACUUUAGCAUCCGUAGCUGUAUAAUGACCGCGACUUUCUUUUUACUUUCACGGAGUUUAGUAUCGUAUAGUUACAUACUAACAUACAUUAUCAUUCGUCAGUUUCUUCCGAGCUCCCAUGCUAGUUUGAUUCAUAAAAAUCUCUAGUAAUAUUACGAGUUUUAUUAGUGUUUUUUAUUUUAGUAAUUUGUUAAGCAAUAAUUAAUAAUAAUCCUGUGAACUUAAUAAAAAUAAUAUACUUACAUAUUUGAACAAAUAAUAAUGGGUAUUUUUUUACAAGAAGAUAAUCAGAUAAAUACGAACAAUAUAACGAUACAAAAAAACGAUGUAUCCCGUGAAAUGCGUGGCAACAUUAUAGGAAAAUUCAAAGGAUUUCGUGGCUGUACCUUAUGGCUAACAGGACUGUCGGGUGCGGGAAAAACAUCAAUAGCAUUUAACCUAGAAAAUUACUUAGUUAAACUGGGGAUUCCCGCGUACAGUUUGGACGGCGACAAUAUGAGAAGCGGUUUGAAUAAAAAUUUGACCUUCAGCAAAGAAGAUCGGCAAGAAAACAUAAGACGAUCUGCUGAAGUUGCUAAAUUAUUUUCCGAUAGCGGACAUAUCACAAUCUGCAGUUUUGUAUCGCCAUUUAGCGAGGACCGUUCCUUGGCGCGUAAAAUCCAUCAAGAUGUCGGCUUGAAGUUUUUUGAAAUAUUUAUUAACGCGUCGCUAGACGUCUGUGAGUCACGUGACGUGAAGGGCCUCUACGAAAAAGCACGAAACGGCACAAUAAAAAGUUUCACGGGGAUCGGUCAAAACUACCAGGUGCCAAUUGAUCCAGAUUUAAUUUUAGAUACCGAGCAACAAACUCUCGAUGAAUCGACAAUUACUUUAGUUAAAUUUCUCGAGGGUAAAAAAAUUAUACCAAAUACUCCUGAGUGUAGAGUUGAGAUAAGAAAUAAUUUAUUUUUCAAUAACCAACAAACUAAAUUAUAAUUCAAUAUAAUAUAAUAUAAUUAUAACAAUCUAUAAAUAUAAAAACAAUAGAAUAAAAAUAUCUAAAGCAAUACACUUUUUUUAUAUAACAUUUAACGUCAUCAAUUAUUCGUUUACAACACAGAUAGUAUCAAUACAGGAAAGGUUCUUGUCAUUUUUACUUUUAUUUAUUAUAAUACCAUACAUAAUCAUAUUAUUCAUUAAGAUAACUUGCUUAUUGUUUUUUUAC